AUGGUUGAUAACAUUCCUAUAAGGUUUCGUUUUAGACCUAGUGAGGAAGAACUGAUCUUCCUACUCUGGCUGAAGGUUACAAACCAGCUUGAUGAAAUGGACCAUGUCAAGAAGAAGAUACUUUACGGUGAAGGUGCAGAACCCUGGGAUGUUUUGGGGGAUGAUGAUGUUUGUUGGCAAUUCUAUGAUGACAGUGGAAAAAGGGCUCGUACAAAAAGAAUGGUCUAUGUCUUUACCAAGUUGAAGAAAUUGAGUUCCAAGAAAACUGCGAGAACAACUAGUUUGGGGACGUGGGACGAAGAAACAAAGUCGUACCCAGUUGAGGAUAUGAUUACUGGCGAGGAAAUUGGUUCGAGGAGGAUGCUAAGUUAUGUUCUGAAUUCAGGUUCAAAAGGGGUGAACGGUGGCUGGAUAAUGCCUGAGUAUUUGGUCGAUGGUGCGUCAUUGAAUGGGUUAAAUAGCAGUCAUAAUACUGAUUAUGUUCCUUGCAGAACAAUAAAGGAUGAUUCUAAGUAUACCAAAGUCAAAGAAUCUAGAAAGAUAGGAAAGAUUGCGAAAGAAAAAGAGGUUGGAAAUCGUGUACGCCGUGAAGUUGUCUUGGGCAAGAGAAAGAUGAGUCUUGGGCAAGAAAGUUCACAAGUGAGUAAGAGGUCGUGUAACAAUCCUAGGAAUCCAAUGGAUGAGGCCAAGAGUUCGCUAAUAACAACUCAGGCAAUCAGACAUAUGGAACUGCCUAAUUUGGUUAAUUGUGACUAUGAUGGAGAUACAAGACUGCUACAAACAUAUACAGGUCUAUUGCUGGAUGAGGGUGUACAGUCAAUGACAUAUUGA